GACAAAGUGCCCCUUAAAGGACUGACUAAGGUGCUCCUGGCCUCAAGCUGCAGCUGGAGGGUCUGAGGCACUUCUGUCCCAUCCCUCCAGUUCAGCCACACAUCUCCUUGUGGUGGGGAUUUUCUGCACUGGGGCCAAGUUUUCCUGGGCAUCUCUUUUCAACCCUCCUUGCUAGGGAAGAUGGUCAAUCUCCUGUACGCUGUGCUGCACUCCCUCCUGAGCUGCCUCAUCCCCCCAGCCAACCUACUGGUGAUCGUGGCUGUUUACCAGCUGAUGAGGAAGCAGCCAGCCACCAGCUAUGUCUACAUUCUCAACUUGGCCGCCGCCGACCUGCUGGUGGGCGUGAUGUGCAUCGCCGAGGCACUCGACGAUAUCCUUGAUGGGGAUUUUGACCGCAGCAGGUCCUUCUGCCUCCUGCGCAUCGCCAUGAGCAUGACGCCUUGCAUCGGCUCCAUCCUGACCCUGCUGCUGAUCUCCCUGGACAGGUACCUGGCGGUGACACUGCCGCUCUCCUACCCCACCCUCCUGAAGAAAACACCCGUGGUCCUCUCUCUUGUUGUCCUCUGGAUGCUCUCCUCCUUUUUCGGGCACUUGCCUCUCAUCUUGCCCUCCCUCCAGUGAGGCAACUACACGGGUUACUGCGGGCUCCUGUACGCGGCCAAGAGCGAGUACCUCUACGUGAUCUGCUUCGGCAUCUUUGCUCCAUCGCUGCUGGUGCUGGUGUGCCUGCACACCUGGGUGGGCAGCAUUGCCUACAUGCAGUACAGGCGACUCCGGCAUGCCUGCGCCCAGGCGGGGCCCCUCCGCGCCCGUCUGCGCCACUUCAAGGCGCUGCAGACCGUCCUCAUUGUCGUCGUUGGCUUCAGCCUCUCCUGGGGUCCCUACCUGGUGGGGGGCACCAUACAGGCCGCCUGCAGCUCCUGCAACCUGGCUGGCCCGCUCAAGGACGCCUUGUUCCUGCUGGGCGAGACCAACUCCCUCAUCAACCCCCUCAUCUAUGCCCUGUACAGCAAAGACAUCCGGAGCCACCUGGCAAAGCUGCUCAGGUGCAGGAUGAAGGGCCAGAUGAAGCCCCUGGUCUCGAAUGUCCGAAUUGUUGGGAGCUGGGGUGGGAGCUGGCCCAAGGCGCCCAGUUCAUGAGGGGUCCGUUCCACCUCCACCUGUGCUGCUGCUGUGGCUGCCGGGCCCACGGCGAGAGGGAAAUGCAGGGUGCCCGGUGCAGCAGAGCCUUCCCACUGCAUCAGCCCUUUAUGAG